AUGAGUGUUGAUAAGUGCAACAUUUGUAUGGAAGAUUUCGAGGAAACUGGACAUCACAGGGUCGCGUCCCUGAAUUGUGGGCAUAUUUUCGGCCACUCUUGCAUUCGAUGCUGGCUCAGUCCCAACAUAACCGAAAUGAAUAACCAGAAUUGUCCUCAGUGCAAUUCAAGAGCUGAUUCCAAAGAUAUUCAUCUCAUUCACGGUCUCUCCUUUGAUAAUCAUCUCACAAAGCAAGAGUUCAAGAAGCUCCUGGAGCAGGAGCAAUUGAAAGCGAUCAAUUUGUUCGAUGAACUCACACAGCUGAAGUCAGAGAAGGAAGAACUGGAGAAUAUGAUGACGAAAGUGGAGCAGCAGCCGCCACUAAUUCAGUGCUUGAUGAACGAAGUGAGACUUCUCACGGACGAACACCGGAAGCAUUGGAAGGAAUUGGCCACGCAGACUAUUGACAUGUGCAAUCAGACGGAGGAAUACAGGAAGAGAUUCAUUCGCCUGAAAAUGCUGUUCGAAGAGGAGAAAAGGACCGUGGCCAGAUUGCAGAAUGAGAAGCGGACUCAGCAGUGCGUCCAAAGGUAUCUCCAGCGCAGACUAAUGGAAUCUGAGCAACAUUCAACAUUGAUGCGACAGGAGUUACGUGCCUUGACGAGAAACCAAACAAAGAGCGAAUGGAGAGCCAGAGAUUGGAUACAAGGACAGAUGGAUUUGUCUGAUUUCUUACUAUUUGGCAUCACUGUCUUGUUCCUCUUCUGUCUCAUCGUUUAUAUCCAGUUUUUAAGGUUUUCCGACAAAUUAUAA